CCGGGCUCGCCUCGGGCUUGCAAAGAGGCGGGCGGGGGAGUAGAGAAGCCGCUGAAUCCAUCCGGGUGGUCGCCGGCAGCAGCAGCAGCGACUCCGGAACAUGCAGAAGAAUCGGGGAGAAGAAUAAAGGAGGGGGGAAAAAAUGAAUGAAAUCAAGGAAAGCCUUCGGAGCAUUGAACAGACGUAUAAAAUCUUCCAGCAGCAGCAGUUCACCUUCAUCGCUGCCCUGGAACACGUCCGAGAGAACGCCCAUGAUAAAAUUAAGCCUGUGUCCAGCAUCGGGCAGGUGCAGACGUACAUGGACCACUACUGCAACAACACCACCGACAAGCGCAUCCUCCUGAUGUUUCUCAACAUCUGCUGUGAACUGCACAAGCUUUGCCAAAGGCUGGAGUCCCUGCACCCUGGAAACAGCACCACCAACGCCAUCUUGGAGAAGUGCAAGAUGUACGUCAGCCACAGCAAUGACCUCAGUGGCCUCCGGGCUAAGUACCCUCAUGACGUGGUGAACCAUCUCAGCUGCGACGAAGCCCGAAACCAUUACGGCGGGGUGGUGAGCCUCAUCCCCAUCAUCCUGGACUGCAUGAAGGAGUGGGUGGCCCACACGGAGAAGCUGCCGCGCAACAUGCUCCAGAGCGUGAGUGCCCGCAAAGCGGCCAUCCUCCAGCAGAUAAACUUGCCAACCCGGACCAAGAAGGGCUUCGACCUGUCAGGCCGGCCCACCUUCGUCACCGAGGCUUGCCAGACCAAGCUCAGCUUGGUGGAUAAGGCUCAGAAGCGGGAGAAUAGGCGGGCGGCUAAAAUAAAACAGAUGGGCGGCCUUGGGCGAGCCAUUCAAAAAUUCCUCGACGGUCCCUGGAAACCGCCCGGUAAAAAUGCUUUUUGAACCCAACCAAACCCAACUAAAUAGAGGCGUUGUGUGAGCUGGAGGGGGCAGGAAAGCAACACGACCCACACACUUGCAUGGUGUCUAGAAAUUAAAAUUAGUCUCCCUG